UUUUCGGCUGCUCGGCGUUCAGUCGACGCGUAGCACUCAACACGAACGUUAGCAACGUAUCUCCCCAGAUACGACGUGACGCGUACACACAAAUAUAGUAUAAUACAAAUAUUCGGUAUAUUUUGUAAAGCUACAACAAAAUGCAUAGAGCCCACACAGCCUUUAGUCUGGCUUUGUCGCCGAUGGCGCAUCAGAACUUUGCCACAUGGCUUUUGAAGAGCAGCAGCAGUCGGAAGUUGGCCAAGGUCACUGCUGCUGCAGCUGUGCGGACAUACAAUUCAGCCGCAGCGGAGCCGUUUGCCAAUGGCAGCACUGCGUCCUAUGUGGAGGAGAUGUACAACGCCUGGUUGCGCGAUCCCACCUCGGUGCACACUUCCUGGGAUGCCUAUUUCCGCAGUAAUAACUAUGUGAGUCCUCCCAACUUGGCGCCCGUGCAGCCUAAUACCCUGCCAUUGUCCGCCUUCAAUUUCGGCGCCGUGGCUGGGGCAGCGCCCGACUCGAAGACCAUCGACGAUCACUUGGCUGUCCAGGCCAUCAUCCGUAGCUAUCAGUCCCGUGGUCAUUUGGCAUCUGAUCUGGAUCCGCUUGGAAUUUUAACACGCGAAAAAACCGUUUGCAAGGAUGGUCUUGCACGUCGGGCUAACGAAGACGUGCUCAGGCAGCAUUCUGGGUUUUUGUUUGGCGAACAGGACAUGGAAAGGCAAUUCAAAUUGCCCAGCACCACAUUCAUUGGUGGCGAUGAGGCCUCUCUGCCUCUCAGGGAAAUUUUGAAUCGCUUGGAGAAUGUGUAUUGCAACAAAAUCGGCGUUGAGUUCAUGUUUAUUAAUUCACUGGAGCAGUGCAAUUGGAUUAGAAAGCGCUUCGAAACGCCCGGCGUUUUGAGUUUCACGCCCGAGGAGAAACGCUUGAUUCUGGCCCGUCUGACACGUGCUACCGGCUUCGAGGCUUUCCUGGCCAAGAAAUAUUCAUCCGAGAAGCGUUUCGGUCUGGAGGGUUGCGAGAUUAUGAUUCCAGCGCUGAAGGAAAUCAUUGAUGUGUCCACGGAGUUGGGCGUGGAGUCCGUUAUCAUGGGCAUGCCUCAUCGUGGUCGCCUCAACACUUUGGCGAACGUGUGUCGUAAACCAUUGAAUCAAAUAUUCACGCAGUUCGCCGGCUUGGAGGCGGCCGAUGAUGGCUCCGGCGAUGUCAAGUACCAUUUGGGCACAUAUAUCGAGCGUUUGAAUCGUGUGACAAACAAGAAUAUUCGACUGGCUGUCGUGGCUAAUCCUUCGCAUUUGGAGGCUGUCGAUCCCGUCGUCCAGGGCAAGACACGCGCCGAGCAGUUCUAUCGCGGCGAUCAAGAGGGCAAGAAGGUUAUGUCCAUACUCAUUCAUGGUGAUGCCGCCUUCUGCGGUCAGGGCGUCGUUUACGAGACUAUGCACUUGUCGGAUCUGCCUGACUACACCACUCACGGUACGGUUCAUGUGGUGGCCAACAAUCAAAUUGGUUUCACCACCGAUCCACGUUUCUCGCGCUCCUCGCCCUACUGCACGGAUGUGGCACGUGUCGUCAAUGCGCCCAUCUUCCAUGUGAACGCUGAUGAUCCCGAGGCGGUCAUCCAUGUGUGCAAGGUCGCUGCUGAAUGGCGCGCCACCUUCCACAAGGAUGUGGUUAUUGAUUUGGUGGGCUAUCGCCGCAACGGACACAACGAGAUCGAUGAGCCAAUGUUUACACAGCCCCUUAUGUACCAGAAGAUCCGAAAGCAUAAGACCGGCUUGGAACUGUAUGCUGACAAGCUAAUUGCUGAGGGCACCGUUACCGCUGAGGAGGUCAAGUCAGUGGCUGCCAAAUACGAAAGUAUUUGCGAGGAAGCCUUUGCUCUGGCCAAGACCGAAACACAUGUCAAGUACAAGGAUUGGCUCGAUUCUCCUUGGUCUGGCUUCUUCGAGGGCAAGGACCCAUUGAAGGUGGCUCCCACGGGCGUCAAGGAGGAGACUUUGGUCCACAUUGGUAAUCGCUUCUCGUCGCCGCCACCCAAUGCCGCAGAAUUUGUCAUUCACAAGGGUCUGAUGCGCGUCUUGGCUGCUCGCAAAACCAUGGUUGAUGAAAAGAUUGCCGAUUGGGCGCUGGGUGAGGCCAUGGCUUUUGGCUCCCUGCUCAAGGAGGGCAUUCACGUGCGUCUCUCCGGUCAGGAUGUGGAGCGCGGCACUUUCUCGCAUCGUCAUCACGUGCUGCAUCAUCAGCUGGUCGACAAGGCCACCUAUAACUCGCUGCAGCAUAUGUAUCCUGAUCAGGCUCCCUACUCCGUAUCGAACAGCUCCUUGUCCGAAUACGCUGUGUUGGGCUUCGAGCACGGCUACUCGAUGACCAAUCCCAAUGCUUUGGUUCUGUGGGAGGCGCAGUUUGGUGAUUUUAGCAACACGGCACAAUCGAUCAUCGAUCAGUUUAUUUCGAGCGGUCAGUCGAAAUGGGUGCGCCAGUCUGGUUUGGUCAUGUUGCUGCCCCAUGGCAUGGAGGGCAUGGGUCCCGAACAUUCGUCGUGCCGAUUGGAGCGUUUCUUGCAAAUGUCUUCUGACGAUCCCGACUAUUUCCCACCCGAAUCGGAUGAGUUCUCCAUCAGACAAUUGCACGACAUCAACUGGAUUGUAGCCAACUGCACGACACCCGCUAACUAUUUCCACAUUAUGCGUCGCCAGAUUGCUAUGCCCUUCCGCAAGCCUCUGAUUCUCUGCACGCCCAAAUCUCUGCUGCGUCACCCCGAGGCCAAGAGCCCGUUCAGUGAGAUGAGCGAGGGCAGCGAGUUCCAGCGCAUCAUACCUGACAAUGGACCGGCUGGGGAGAAUGCCAGCAACGUAAAGAAGGUCGUAUUUUGCUCGGGUCGUGUGUACUACGAUCUGACCAAGGCUCGAGCUGACAAGAAACUGGAGAGCGAAAUUGCCAUCGUGCGUGUGGAGCAGAUCUCGCCCUUCCCCUUCGAUCUGGUCAAGGAGCAGGCCAAUCUGUACAAGAAUGCUGAGCUCGUUUGGGCCCAGGAGGAACACAAGAAUCAGGGCAGCUGGACGUAUGUGCAGCCACGUUUCCUCACCGCUCUGAAUCACAGUCGGGAUGUCAGCCAAAGCGAUGAACAAUCCUCCUUCUCCAAUACAACAACAACCAAUACUACUACCACUGAUAAUACUAACAACGAAUCCGAUACUGAUUCCGAUUCCGAAAACAAAUCGAAACCCUGGCUAAGUCGCAUGUUCACCUCAAAUAAAAGUGAGCCCCAAGGCAGCGAUGAAAAAAGCGCUCUGACUGGCGAAUUCAAUGCCGCCAAGCACUUCGAUUUAAAGAAUGUGCGUCAAGAUUUCAAUAGACCCGCGGGCAAUGCGGCUGCCCCGGGUGCGCGAAAGACAAAAACCGGACGUAAAAUUAGCUAUGUUGGACGUCCCACUGGAGCCUCGACGGCGACUGGUUCGAAGGCGCAACAUAUACGGGAGCUGAACUCGCUGCUUAACGAUGCGAUUUCGACCUAAGGUGGAACUUCUGAAGGACCUACCUACAAAGCAUAUUUGAUGUUGAUGGAGGAGAGGAAAGGGGCGAUGUUGAAUGAAUAUUAUUUACGAUUAUAUUUUGUAAUGAAGCGUAUGCAGACUCUUUGAUACGUUUGUUUAUUCUGACGAAAUUGUUAAGUGAAUUGUGUGAAAGUAAUGAAAUGUUAAAUAUUAGUUUAGUGAAAUUACAAACAAACAAAAAAGAAACAAAACCGCAAAAUCAACAAAACAAGAACAUGAAAUGUUUCAUGUGUAGGCAUAUAACAUUUUGAAAUGCAAAAAUAACUCACAAGCAGAAUUCUUUAAUGCAAAAAAGAUUAAAUUCUAGUAAAUGAACAAGAGAAGCCUAACAAAAAAUAUAUAUAUAUUUAGCUGGCGGAACUGAAGAACCGCAAAAUCAUUUUCAAAUUAAUAAAACCACUCUUCUCAAAUUUUAUUUAAUUUUUAUUUUUAAUAUUUAUUUUACUGUAUUAUAUAUAAAUUAUACUAUCCUAUCUCAACUUAAAGAAAGCUACAAGCAGCAAGGACUGCAGCGCGCGAAAAUAUUUUGUGUUUUUGUUUGCUUAAGUUAAUACAUUUUUGUUUAAAUAAAAGCAAAUAUACAUACAUAUACUAUAUAUUAAUCAAUGCUUUAGUUUCGCGAUACGAGCAUAGAGAAACCUUAUCAGGGAUGAAGUUUAUGAGAAACUGCAAGUGUGUGUCUGCGUAAAUUUUCACAUAAACUAUUUCUUUUAUUAAACUCGGCGGUAAUAUCAACAAAUCAAAUGGAAUGCUCUAAGUAUUUUUACAGUCACAAUUUUUGCUAUAAAGUGUGAACAUUUUACAAUUAUGUACUUAGACUUUAAUUGAACGUAUAUAAAGAGAACAAUUUUUGAAACAAUUUUGUCAUGCGUCUCCGAUAUUGUUAACUGAAUUAUUUGUCGCUCUAUGCCUGUUUUGUUUUUUAAAUAAUUACGGGGGAAAAUAAUACUUGUUGUGCCUCUAAGAGAACGUGUUACACUAGGCGGCAUAUGCACAUAUUGCAACACUCGUUUUAAAAUAUACAUUUAAAAAAUAUGUAAAACUAUCUUACAAAAAAAAAAAAAGAAAAAAAAACAAGCACCCUUUCUUGCACCAAUAUAUGAUAUUGAACUUAGAGUGAUAAAAUGCAAACUGAAAAGUUUGAAACAUUUUUCGAAAAAUUAAAAUUAAAAACGAUUUUACAAGAAUCUAAGAGUAAAAUAUUAUACGAGUAUGAUGGAGAGAGAGUAUGUGUAUCUUAACAUUUACUCGACACACUAAUUAUAGUUCCAAUCAUAAUGGACGCAACUUUGCACCAACAAGAACAACUUUACUAAAACUUAGCGUAAGCAGCACGAUUGCAAACAAAAAUAAACUGAAGGCAAGCCAAAAAUGCAAAUGGAAAACAAAAUGAGUGUGUAAAGAGCAUGAACUUGAAUAAAAUAUAUAAUUAAUUAUGUACAGCAA